AGCAGGUCAGAACAGGAAAGUGCAAUACAUAACUUUAGCAAGCAGUAUGUACAACAACAGAAGAAAAUGGCUGUACCAAGAGUUUAUAUAUCUCAAAAACUGCUGAUGCUUUAUGAAAAAGUAAAAUGCAGUGGCCUCAUUUUUAUAGUCUUGCCUUUGCAUGCAAAGAAAGCCCAGGAACUGCAUAUAUUCCUAUUUGGGGGGUCAUGGUUUUCCAGGUAAAAACUCAUCACAAGCAAAGUAUGCAGUGGAGAAGCGGAUUUAUGUGGUGAUCCAGGAAGGCCUCGUGGACGGACUGAUGACGGUGGCAGCUGGGCCUGAGAGGUCAGAGACUUGGCUGCUGGAGGAGGAAGAAGCCUCGUUGGCUUAGCUCAUUUUCAGGAACUUCCUUCCUCAUCCUAUAAGUGAGGUUGGUCCUAGCUUUACUGACAAAUGCCCUUGUGAAAGAUGAAAGACAAAAAGAUGAGAAGGUGAAGAUGCAGAAGAAGAGAUGAGGGCAGACCGAAGUUAUGCAGCCACCAGAAGGCAAGACAGGUUUCAGCGUGGCACAGAAGCCAUUUGGAGCCACAUAUGUGUGGAGCAGCAUCAUAAACACUCUGCAAACGCAAGUGGAGGUCAAAAGGCGGAGGCAUCACUUAAAACGCCACAACGACUGCUUCGUGGGCUCGGAAGCUGUGGAUGUCAUUUAUUCGCAUCUCAUUCAGAAUAAGUACUUCGGUGACGUCGAUAUUCCCCGGGCCAAAGUGGUGAGAGUGUGUCAAGCACUGAUGGACUAUAAAGUAUUCGAAGCAGUUCCAACCAGAGUCUUUGGCAAAGACAAAAAACCUACAUUUGAAGAUAGUAGUUGCAGCUUGUAUAGAUUCACAACAGUCCCUAACCAACACAAUCAGUUAGGCAAAGAGAACAAACUACAUCCACCUUCCAGGUACUCGGAUACACUGUAUAAGUCAUCUGAUAUCAAAUCGGACAGUUUGGAAGAUCUGUGGGAAAAUCUGAGUUUAAAGCCUGCUAACUCCGCUCAUGUAAAUAUCUCUGCAACCCUGUCUCCACAAGUUAUUAAUGAAGUAUGGCAAGAAGAAACAAUCGGGCGUCUGCUGCAGCUCAUAGACCUUCCACUUCUUGACUCCUUACUCAGACAGAAGGAAGUUGUAUCUAAAGUUCCUCAGCCCCAGAGGCAGCCUGACGUGAUCAACAGCAGUAACUACCUGGAUCGCGGGAUUCUCAAGGCCUAUAGUGACUCUCAAGACGACGAGUGGCUGUCUGCUGCUAUUGACUGCCUGGAGUACCUUCCCGACCCGAUGGUGGUGGCCAUAAGCAGAGGCUUCCCCGAGCAGCCCGGAAGGACAGACCUGGUGAAGGAGCUCCUGUUCGAUGCCAUUGGCAAGUACUACAGCAGCAGGGAGCCGCUCCUGAAUCACUUAUGUGACGUUCAUAAUGGGAUUGCAGAACUCUUAGUAAAUGGGAAGACUGAAAUAGCGUUAGAAGCUACACAGCUCUUUCUGAAGCUUUUGGAUUCCCAAAAUAGAGAAGAAUUUAGACGACUCCUGUAUUUCAUGGCUGUUGCAGCACACCCUUCGGAAUUUAAGUUACAGAAAGAAAGUGACAAUCGAAUGGUUGUGAAAAGGAUAUUCUCUAAAGCUAUUGUUGACAAUAAAAACUUAUCCAAAGGCAAAACUGAUCUUCUAGUACUCUUUUUAAUGGAUCAUCAGAAAGAUGUUUUUAAGAUUCCCGGAACCCUACAUAAAAUUGUUAGUGUUAAGCUGAUGGCAAUACAAGAAGGAAAAGACCCAAAUAAAGACACAGGUUAUAUUUACUGCCAGAGAAUUGAUCCAAGUGACUAUUCCAGCAGCAUACAGAAGAAAACCAAAGAUGAACUGUUGAAUUUACUAAAAGCUAUUGAUGAAGAUUCCAAACUAUCUGCCAAAGAAAAGAAGAAACUGCUAAGUCAGUUCUAUAAGUGUCAUCCAAAUGUCUUUAAUGAGUAUUUUGGAGACUGACUUUCUAUUGUCUGUAUAUAAGUUGUGUAUUUUAAGAAUAAAUUAUGUAUCCUAAAGAUCCAAUCACAUUUGUAAGUUUUGAAGUUCUAAAAAUGAAACUGUACUUAAUAAAACUUUUUUUUAAAUAAAA